AUGCCUUACAAAAACUACAGUCACGAAGCACUUGCUCAGGCUAUUUCGGCCGUGCGUCGAAAUGUAUUAAGUCAAAGGGCGGCAGCCGCACAGUACGGUGUUCCAAGAUCUACACUAAGGGAUGGCGUUGGUCAGAAGAAGAAAGGAACGCAGACCGGUCAAAGUAGAAUGCUGACUGAUGUCGAAGAGCGGGCUUUGGUCACAUUGUUUCAGAUAUUCAACUGCGACGAGGCGGGCUGGACUGGUCUAGAAACUUCCCGACAGAAAGUCAUAGGUCCAACUGCUGCGCAUACCUACAGACAACAAACAAUGGUGAAUCAGCAUAUCACCGCGCAUCUAUGUGUGUCUGCAAGUGGUCGCAUGUUAUCUCCUUUGAUUAUAUUUCCGGGGUCACAUCCACAUCGACACUAUCAGGAUGGGAUUCCUGACUCUUGGUUGUUCGGUGUCAGUGAGUCAGGUUUCAUUAACACAGACCUUUUCCAUCAAUGGUUUAUAAAAAUAUUCUUGGCAAACUGUGGGAGCGUACGACCAGUCCUGUUGAUCAUGGACAACCAUGAUGCCCAUGUUCAUUUGCACACGAUCAAGGCCGCCAUUGAAAAUGAUGUGGUGUUGUUAGGACUGCCAGCCCACACGACCCACAUACUGCAGCCACUGGAUGUAAAGGUCAUUGGUCCAUUGAAGGCUCGAUUUUCAAAGCUGGCGACGAAUAUUGGGCACACGGCCAGUACUGUAACUUUGGGCAAGGCCAAAUUUCCAAUAGUUUUGCACCAUGCAAUUGACCAAGCCAGCCCUGCUUCAAUCAGAGAAGCGUUCAGACUUAGUGGUUUGUGCCCUGUCAAUAGAAUGGCAAUCGACAGGUCUCAAUUAGUAGAACCACUUUUCGCCGAAGGUGUAACUGGGACAUCGGCGGAGACGUGUCCAACCUGUGGAGCCUUCAGGGUAAAUCCACUAGUAGCGCAGGGGUUUAUACCCGAAUCGUUAGGCCACAUCCUCGUACCCCCUAGAAUGCCACCGAUGCAGGCGAAACGGCGGAAAAGCAAGGCCGUAAAGUCAGCUCGCAUACUGACAGGGGAGGAAAUAUUGAAUGAGCUCCAGGAAAGGGAACUUGAACAGAAACGCCUCCUGGAGGAGAAAGAGAAAAGAAAACAGGACAUGGCCGAGAAAAAACUGCUAAAAGAGAAAGAGGCAAUGGAGAGAAAAAUGAAAUCUGAAGAAAGGAAAAGAAACGCCGUGGACAAAAGGAAACGGGAGGAAGAGGCAAAACAUAUUAGACGAGAAGAGAAAGAAAGAAAGAGGCAGAGACAACAAGACAGAAAAACAAAGAAAACGGACAAUGAGGAUAUUUUAAAAAUAAUAGCUGAACAGUAA